AUGAUUCUAGGAGUUAAAUUAGACUUGUUUGUCUGCCCUUCAAAUGACAUAUUAUUUGUCCUCGAUGGUGCUAUAAACCUUCCUCUCUUUCACCUUGUUCUCUCUCACUCUCUCUUUCGCCCGACCGUUAUCAACCUCCUCUUCCUCUCUUCCUCACCCCCUCCUUCUCCUCCUCCUCCUUCUUUAUUUCUCAUUCUCUUUCAUUCUCACUAUGCGCAUAUUUUCUUCUCUUUUUUCUCUUCAUUUUUCCCAUUCUAUCUUUCGCUCUCUCUCUCUCUCUCUCUCUUUCGCCCGACCACUAUCAAUCUCCUCUUCCUCUCUUCCUUACCCCCUCCUUCUCCUCCUCCUCCUUCUUUAUUUCUCAUUCUCUUUCAUUCUCACUAUGCGCAUAUUUUCUUCUCUUUUUUCUCUCCAUCUUUCCCAUUCUAUCUUUCGCUCUCUCUCUCUCUCUCUCUCUCUUUCACCCGACCGCUAUCAAUCUCCUCUUCCUCUCUUCCUCACCCCCCUCCUUCUCCUCCUCCUCCUUCUUCAUUUCUCAUUCUCUUUCAUUCUCACUAUGCGCAUAUUUUCUUCUCUUUUUUCUCUCCAUCUUUCGCUCUCUCUCUCUCUCAUUUUAGCGCUAUUUCCCCAUUUUUUCAUCCUAUUUUCCUUUUUUCUCUAUUUCAUUCUUCCUUUUUCAUUGUCUUUCAAACACAAAUACACACACUUAUUGUCUUUUUCUUUCAUUCCCCCCCACUCUCUCUUUUUCUUUUAUUCUUUUCUAUUUGGCAUCUUUCCCUCUCACGAUUUCACACUUCUCGUUUACGUCUAAUUUUUUUCUUUCUCCCUAUUCCCAUCCUCUUCCUUCCUUCCUUCCUUCCUUCCUUCCUUCCUUCCUUCCUUCCUUCCUAUCUAUCUAUCUAUCUAUCUAUCUAUCUAUCUAUCUAUCUAUCUAUCUGUCUGUCUGUCUGCUUUAUCUAUCUUACUCUGCUGUGUGUAUCUAUGUAUGUAUCUAUAUAUCUAUCUACCUCAAUGCGUGGAACUCUGGCUUUCUACGUCCUGUGUCUUUCUGCUUUUUCUAUUUCACUCUCUCGCUCUCUCUCUCUCUCUCUCUCUCUCUCUCUCUCUCUCUCUCUCUCUCUGCCUUGA